GGGACAGGACACUCAUCCGCUGCCCGCCAGGAGAAGAAGGGAGUGCUGCAGAGGAGCGCAGACAGUGGUGUUUAAAAAAAGGCAUCACUUUAAUUCAGAAAACUAUCACUUCCCGAGCAUCUAACUUCACAAGAUGUCUAAAGGACCAGCAGUAGGCAUUGAUCUGGGUACCACUUAUUCAUGUGUGGGUAUCUUCCAGCAUGGCAAAGUGGAGAUCAUUGCCAAUGACCAAGGGAACAGAACCACACCAAGUUAUGUGGCCUUCACAGACACAGAGAGGCUCAUUGGAGAUGCUGCCAAGAAUCAGGUGGCCAUGAAUCCAGCCAACACCGUAUUUGAUGCUAAGCGUCUGAUUGGUCGCAAGUUUGAUGACGCUGUGGUGCAAUCGGACAUGAAACACUGGCCCUUCAAGGUUAUAAAUGAUUCCUCAAAACCAAAGAUGGAGGUUGAAUAAGGGGAGAUCAAGUCUUUCUACCCUGAGGAAAUUUCCUCCAUGGUUCUCACCAAAAUGAAAGAGAUUUCUGAAGCUUAUCUUGGCAAGCCUGUGAACAAUGCAGUUAUCACAGUUCCUGCUUACUUCAAUGAUUCCCAGCGUCAAGCCACCAAAGAUGCUGGUACCAUCUCUGGCCUCAAUGUGCUUCGCAUUAUCAAUGAACCCACAGCCGCAGCCAUUGCAUAUGGCUUGGACAAAAAGGUUGGAGGUGAGCGCAAUGUUCUCAUAUUUGACCUCGGUGGCGGUACUUUUGACGUGUCAGUCUUAACAAUUGAGGAUGGCAUCUUUGAGGUUAAGGCCACAGCAGGGGACACCCACUUGGGUGGGGAGGACUUUGACAACCGCAUGGUCAACCACUUUAUUGCCGAGUUCAAGCGCAAGUUCAAAAAGGACAUCAUCAACAACAAGCGGGCCGUACGCCGUCUGCGUACAGCUUGUGAGCGGGCUAAGCGUACCCUCUCCAGCAGCACCCAGGCCAGCAUUGAGAUCGACUCACUCUACGAGGGAACAGACUUCUACACUUCCAUCACCAGGGCUCGCUUUGAAGAACUCAACGCGGACCUGUUCCGAGGAACUCUCGAACCUGUGGAGAAGGCCUUGCGGGACGCCAAGAUGGAUAAAAGCCAGAUCCAUGAUAUUGUCCUAGUGGGCGGCUCCACGCGUAUUCCGAAGAUCCAAAAGCUUUUGCAGGACUUCUUUAACGGCCGUGACUUGAACAAGAGCAUCAACCCAGAUGAGGCAGUUGCGUAUGGGGCGGCUGUACAGGCUGCCAUCCUGGCUGGUGAUAAGUCUGAUGUGCAGGACCUGCUCCUGCUGGACGUCACACCCCUGUCCCUGGGAAUUGAAACGGCUGGAGGAGUGAUGACGGUCCUUAUCAAAAGGAACACAACUAUUCCAACUAAACAAACCCAAACCUUCACCACCUACUCAGAUAACCAACCCGGUGUCCUCAUUCAGGUUUACGAAGGGGAAAGAGCCAUGACCAAAGAUAAUAAUAUCUUGGGGAAAUUUGAAUUGACUGGUAUUCCGCCUGCUCCCAGAGGAGUCCCUCAGAUCGAAGUGACCUUUGACAUUGAUGCCAACGGCAUUCUCAAUGUGUCUGCAGUGGACAAAAGCACCGGAAAGGAGAACAAGAUCACCAUCACUAAUGACAAAGGUCGACUGAGCAAGGAAGACAUUGAGCGCAUGGUGCAAGAAGCAGAACAGUUCAGAUCUGAAGAUGAAGCCCAGAGAGACAAGAUCACUGCCAAAAAUUCUCUUGAGUCUCUGGCCUUCAACAUGAAGAGCACAGUGGAGGACGAGAAGCUCCAAGAAAAGAUCAGUCCUGAGGACAAAAAGACCAUCACAGAUAAGUGUAACGAAGUAAUCGCCUGGCUGGACAGGAACCAGACAGCUGAGAAGGAAGAGUAUGAGCACCAACAGAAAGAGCUGGAGAAAAUUUGCAACCCAAUAAUCUCUAAGCUGUACCAGGGGGGAAUGCCAGGAGGAAUGCCAGGAGGAAUGUCGGGAGAAUGCCUGGAGGAAUGCCAGGAGGAAUGCCAGGAGGAAUGCCAGGAGGAAUGCCAGGAGGCUUCCCUGGCGGAGCCGGAGCUGGUUCUUCCUCUGGCCCAACCAUUGAGGAAGUCGACUAAAUAUGAGCAAUAAGCACAACAGUUACUUAUCUUAGCUUGAUUACAUGUACUGGCUGUUCAAACCAUGCAUUUUGUGGCAAAUGGGCACACCAUAAAAAUUCAACUUAUAUUUGCUCUACAGCAUUACUCUUAGUGUAAUGAGCUAUUGCUGAAAUAGCAACAGGCUCCUUCUUGCCAGAAAGAGUCUGGGUCUCUGAACUUUGUCCCUUUCAGACAUAAUUGCAAAUCUUUAUAGAGAUGUUUUAGAGGCCAGCACAAAUACGUUUGUACACACCUGUGAAGUAAAUAGUAAAGUAUGUAUGGUUCUCAACACUUUUGGCAAAUGUGAAGCAGACCCCUGAAUUAAAGUUUGCCCAACCAUAUUUCAAUGCAAGAGCUUUUUUGUGAUAUCACUAUUCAAGCUUUGUAAAUUCAGAGACAUUUCAGAUUUUUUUCAGAAGAGCUCAAGCUUGGCUCCAUUGGAUGGACAGUCUUUGUAAACAACAUAUUCUAAUUCUAAUCAGAAGAAAAUCACAAUCACAAUUAAAUUUGACCUAUUCCAUUCAGACACAUGUGCUUUCAUUUGAACCGCUCCAUUUUCAGCUCUGUAUGUAUGUUUCUGGUCAUCGUCUUGCUGUAAAGUGACCUUCAACCCCAGUUUUAAAUUUUACAGGAGUCCUUCCAACAUUGCCUUGUAUUUAAGAACACAAUCCAUCAACUCUGUCCACUUUCCAAUCCCUACAAAGAAAAGCCUCCCCGCUGCACAAACUUACCACCAGCAUCACCAUAAGGCAAAAGGUUGAAUUUUUGGUCUGAUGUGACCAGAGUACCUUCUACCACAUAUUGAACUUGUUGCAAAUUGCACAGACAACUGAGAAAAAAUGUUCACUUUUGAAUAGUCAAACAUUUCAGACAGUCAUUCAGAUGAGUUAAACAGUGAGACAAAACAUGUUUAAAGCUGGUGGCAUUUCUGC